UCUUUUUCCUCUCUUCCUCUAUUAAAACUAUCCACCUAAUCUUUGGGAUCUUUUCAGUCAAUGUCCUCCAGAUCGAAAACACGGGCCAAACACGGUCAUUUAUUUGGCGAUGAUCCUCUGAGUGCAGCUUCAUCAUCUGAUGUGGAUGAUCCACUUUUUGGACCAAGUCGCCGAUCGUUAUCCACCAGUCGCAGUCCAGCUACCACGGCGAGUGCGCCUGUGACCGAUCCGUUAUCGCGAGUUAGCUCAUCAUCGUCUGUAAAGUCGUCGUCGUCAUCUCACACGAAAUCAACCAGUGGCGGUAUCUUUGGUGAUAUUGAUGUUUCCAAGCUGGGCGGCGGGGGUGUGUUUGCCAAUAAGCGGUCUACACACGCUUUGCGGUCUUCUAUUCGCACGCCUAUUGAUCACGACGACGAAGAAUCCCUUUUCGGCGGCAAACCUGCCAAAUCCACUGUAAAAAGAUCUCCACCCGCAUCCGUCCAUGCCACCGCCGACGUGGCAAGAACUUCCCCAAUUCCAAAGUCUCCAAUCGCAUCAGCAAAGAAAGAACCAUCAGUCCAGCCGGCGAGAACACCUACGGGCUCGCCCAAGGUAUUGUCACGUACAUCAUCCUACGAAACCACUAGUACGAGAGGAUCGGUUUCCAACGAAAGACCCGCCACACCAACGAAGCGAGAGCCGACAGUAUCAUCACCAUCUCCCAUCAACAUAGGAGCCAAUAAUUCAACGGGUUCACCAUCUGUCAAUGGCACGGUGACGCCGCCUGCCGUUCCCGCCACUGCUUCUUCUCCUGCUCCCUCUUCACCGCCUCGAAAAGCAUCUUCUUCUAUUUUUGCUUCAGCCAGUCGAUUUCUCAAGUCUCGAUCGCCUUCCAAUCCUCCUCCACCUCCUCCUCCUCCAGCUUCUCAACCUUUGCCUGCUCCAGCAUCGCCCAAAAUCACAUCACCACCCCCGACACCACCUGCCCCUGCACGUCGAUCACCACCACCUCUUCCUCCUUCAUCAUCAGCCGCGGUACCGCGUCCUGUUUCACAACAACACAAAAGAGAAACGGAGCGUGAGGAGGAAGAGGAUGAAGACCCAAUGGAGUCUGAGUCUAUACCGAUCAUUGUUGAGGAUGAGGCCACACGGGCAUUUGCAGAUGAUACCAUGAAAUUCAGUAUGACCAAACCACGCGCUGAUUACUCCACAUCACCGGAACUGCUAGCGUCAUUGACCAGUGAUACGUUACGUCUUGAUGAGCCUCCAAUGAUGAUACCUUCGAUAAGCACUCCCGCGGCCACCCAGGACACCGAUUCAUUGAACCCUUGGUCGCAUACAUUACAAUUUUCUUUGGAACCUUCCAGUAGUUCUCCCCAGUUGAAUCGGAAGCGGUCGUCGAAAUCGGCAGCGGCCGAUAUCGAUCCCGGCAAACGAGCUGCUUUUGCGGAUCUUAUUGCGAGUUGGCACUCGGGAAAGCCUGAAAGGGAGUUAACGGUUGCCAAGGAAGAUCCAGAGCAGUUUUUUACCCGUGUAGCGGUUGAACAAAGGGAUAUCGGCUUUGCUGGCAUAGCCGGAUCGGGUAACGAUGAUGACGAUGAUGCAAGCUUGGAUGAGCAUCCAUACUCGUCCUCAUUGAAUAAGCUGCAUCAAAUACAGUCAUGGGGUUUGGAAGAGAACCCUUGGUCAUGAUGCAUAUCUUUUACAUAUAUUACAUUUAUAUAUUGUGGGCAUGGUUAUUGUAGGGAUAUUAUGAAGUUUGGACUCUGGAAUACAAAGGUUUUUUUUUCUCGAGGAACUAUUUUUAAUGUGAUGAUGACUGUCGGGCAGGAUAUAUUGUAAAUUAGAGGCUUGUCAUUUUUAUGCUGUGCAAGGUAUCGCGUGGUGGCUACUGCACAGUCUUUCGGCGUAAUCUAAACCGCAUCGAAUAAAAGGUAUACAGAAUAUGGCUUACUGGGAGACAGAUUCUGCAUCGGAUGAAGAAAGAUAAGCUAUUUAUAAAUCAUUGCCUGUAACUGAGUGAGUUGAAUACCCG